CUCUAUAUAAAUCUUCGCUUCUCUCUCUCUCACUUGGUCUUCUUCUCCUUCACCUCUCUCGUCUCUUUGACCCCUUCUUCACAGUUUCCGCCGCAAGAAAACCGUGACACACACCGCCGUAUAUUUCUCAAUGGAAAUCGAACAAACCGUAGCACCUCCCGCCGCCGCCGCACAACAACCGCAACCACAAACCCUAACCGGAAGGUUCUUCAGAUGCAUCUUCACGGCUAUCUUCUACUUUCAGCUGAUCCUAAUCUCAGCCCUAGUAAUCUUUCUCACCCUUAGAGGUCUAGUCUUCACCAAAUCACCAAACUUCCACCCCAAGAAAUGGUACACCCCUCUCCUAUCCUCUGCCGCUCUCUCCGGACUCCUCUCUCUCGCCUGGCAAUGCUUCUUCCUCUUCAACAUAUCAGCAACAUCCAAAGCCACCAUCAUUCUCACACCGCUCCUCACAUUCUCCGUCGGGAUCUUCCUUGUAACCUACGGCAAAACGUUUGUCCCAGGGGUCGGCGGCGCUCUCGUGCUCUUUAGCUUUGCUCAGGCACUCCACAGCUGGCUUUUCGUUACUCGUAGGAGGCGUGAGUUCACCUUCAAGAUGAUGGCUCUCUCCACAGAAGCACUACCCGCAAGAACCAGAGCGAUAGCUGUCCUAUCAUCGAUCUUAAGCGUCUUGUACUCUGCUUUCUUGGUGGCGGGAAUCGGUGGAGCUACCGCCACGAGAACAGGUCUAGUAGACGUUCUUUUCAUCUCCUUGAUCGUGUUAAGCCUUGCCUGGACAAUGCAAGUUCUCAAGAACGUGCAAGUAGUCGCCGUUUCGAAAGCCGCGUACGCACACUUCGCUCGUCAUGAGGUCAUAAGCGCAUGUGAUGCGGUUUGUGCUGCUCUGAGAAGCCAUCUCGGGAGCGUUUGUAUCGGUUCAACGCUCGUUCCAGUUUUAGUAGUCAUCAGGGGAAUGAUCCGAACUUUGAAUAGGAUGGGGCUCGGUAGCGACCGGACCAUGUAUGCAGGUGAUGGAGAGUGCGCUUGGGUUGCUAACCAUAUGAUCUUAGUCGGAAACAGAUACGGGUUUGUUCAUGUGGGAGUUCACAACAAAGGCUUCGUGCAAGCGUGUAGAGAUACUUGGGAAGAGUUCAGAAGAAGGGAUGGCUUGGAGGAGCUCGUAGAUGCUGACCUCACUAGCUCCAUCUGCUUCCUAAGCGCCUUUGGCAUUGGUGCAGUAUCUGCGUUAACUGCGGGUAUAUGGGAGUUUAAUAUCCAUAAGGACUACUUCUUCCAGCUGACUCUCUAUGCCUUCAUCAUCGGAUACUUUGUGGGGAGAGUUUCAUCUGCAUGGAUGCAAGCAUGUGUUAUGGCUUACUUUGUAGCUUAUGCAGCCAAUCCAGAAGGAGCUAACUUUGACAACACGAUUUCAGAACGUAUUGCGCGGCAAGAUGUAGAAGAGAAUAAAAGAUUAGCUGAAAAUGAAGUGAGACAGCCGGAGGAGGAACAGGACGUAACAUACAUGUAGAGAUAACAUGCGGAAGAACAUAUCCACUUAGUAUAUAGAAACUUACUUUGUUUUUUUUGUUUUUUCCUUUCGGUUUCACUGAAGCUCUUUCAACCUUAUAGACUAUUAUUGUAGUUUGGAUAUUGUUUAGCCUCACAUGCAAAAAUGCAGCUAGAGAAAGAAUGUACAUAUAAAAUGUAAGACAAAAA